AUGGAGGAACACCACGAGAACGGUCUCGAGGUUGCUUCCGUGAAAGAAUCAUGGCCAUGGGACAUUACAUCAGAUGAUAACAACAAUAAUGGCACAUUCAUGUCAACCGUUAGAUCCAUAUCAGUGUCUCGAGCCGGGGAUGAUCAAAACCCUGAAGGGGAAGCUUGUGCAACCUUAACGGUCCAUCCACAAAAAAAUGGUAGACAACAUGUCGAGCUCAAUGCUGUAACUGUUUCUGUUGAUGCAUAA